CAAGGAGGUUAACGUCUGGCAGCAGCUAUAUUCAUCUGAAGAUAUGCUUCACAGAGAAGCAGAACCUGAUGAGAAAUCAACAUCUGGAGGACCUCAACAAUGAUCUCCACUGUGACGCUACAGAACGUUCAGUGCAACAGUCACAUCAGGAGCCCCGUCAGGACCGAGCCUCGCAGGAACUCCAUUCCCCCAACGCAAGCUCGAACUGCUAAACACCUGCUGGCGUACCUGCCUCGACCGCAGUCUGAGUCAGUCCGCUACACUCCUUAUACUUACAAGGUUACAGCUAAAUCUACUGUUGCUGCCAUGAUGAACACAAAAAGAGGCUCUCUCAUCCACAACUUGAGCUACGCUAAGUGCUCAUCACUCCCACCAUCCCAGGAGGCCUCUCCCUCCCAGAGUCCCUGCAGCCCGUCCUCUCAUGCUCUGACACUGGCUCAACAAGAGCCCCACCAGCCGCACACUAUCCAAGCAGCGACUCUGGAACCAGCAGAAGACACUCAAAAACCUCAGCGUUUGCAUCGCAGCAGACAUCUCAAGCGUUUCAGCUCCAGGUGGCAAUCGAGAAGCUCCACCAGCAGCAGCAACCUCCCCAUCUCUGCGAUUGAGAAGCUACAUGGUGCAAAGAGUCACAAGAAGCGCUGUAAGCUGCUGGGGGACGAGCACACACUGCACGUCUCUGCCAGCAAUCAGCGCCAGCGUUACGUCACCAAGGACGGCAAGUGCAGGGUCAAUCUGGGACAUAUUGCAGACAAGAGUCGCUUUCUCUCAGAUAUUUUCACCACAUUGGUGGACCUCAAGUAUCGCUGGUUCCUUCUCGUCUUCACUAUGUGCUACAUUCUCACCUGGGUGGCCUUCGGUGGGAUCUACCUCUUCGGUGCCUGGUUGCGUGACGACAUUUCACACGUUCAUGACCCACUGUGGGAGGCAUGUUUCCAAAAUGUAGACAGUUUCCUUUCAGCACUGUUGCUGUCGUUGGAGAGCCAGAGGACUAUUGGGUAUGGCUCCAGGAUGGUGACAGCUAACUGCCCCGAGGGUACGGUGCUCCUGAUGGUCCAAUCCAUCCUUGGCUCCAUUAUCGAUGCUCUGAUGGUAGGCUGCAUGUUUGUUAAAAUCUCCCGACCACAGCAGAGAGCCCAGACGCUGAUCUUCAGCAAGCACUGCGUCAUAUGUGAGCGUGACGAGAAGCUGUGCAUGCUCUUCCGCAUCGGUGACCUAAGAGCGAGCCACAUGGUGGAUGCCAAGAUCCGGGCCAAGCUGAUCAAAUCCAGGCAGACAAAGGAAGGCGAGUUCAUCCCGCUGGAGCAGUCGGAGAUCAAUCUGGGCUACGACACCGGGGCAGACAGGCUGCUCCUGGUGGAGCCCCAGACCAUCACCCACGUUAUCAAUGAAAGCAGCCCUUUCUGGGAGGUGGGGUCCGAGCGUUUGAAGAGGGAGACCUUUGAGAUCAUUGUCAUCCUGGAGGGCAUCGUGGAAGCUUCAGGUAUGACAUGCCAGGCCAGAACCUCCUACACAGAGGACGAGGUGCUCUGGGGCCACCGAUUUGAGUCGUGCAUUUCCCUGGAGAAAGGGGCGUUUCGUGUGGACUACAGCGCUUUUGACAAAACCUUUGAAGUCCAAAUGUCCCUACUCAGCGCGAAAGACAGGAGCAUAGCAGAGGAACAAGAGGUUGUGUUUUACAAAAAUGGUUGCUGAAUGAGCAGUUCUUGUUUCUGCACAUUACCAUCACAGAUAAUCAGAGACUUCAAGUGAUAUUCCCUGAUAGAUUCUAACAACCUCACUUCAUGAAUAUUAAUCUCAGGGCAGCCA